UUAAUGGAGUUUUACGAAAGAGUGAGCGGCGCUCGUAUGCACGCGGCGUACAUAAGACCGGGUGGUGUGGCUCAGGACCUCCCGAUUGGUAUUAUGGACGACAUCUACCGUUGGGCCGAACAGUUUCCCGAACGGUUGGACGAAGUGGAGGAUCUGUUGACUGAUAACCGCAUUUGGAAGGCCCGUACGGUCGGUGUCGGUGUGAUAUCGGCUGAAGACGCGCUGAAUUGGGGAAUGAGUGGUGUUAUGCUUUGCGGGUCGGGAAUCAAAUGGGAUUUACGCAAAACCCAGCCCUACGACAGUUACGAGGACUUUGAUUUCGAUGUACCCAUUGGUCUGAACGGCGAUUGUUAUGACAGGUAUUUGACUUUAAAUUCAUCGAUGGAAGCGUUGAUACAUCACUUCAAACUGUUUACGGAGGGCUAUAGUGUGCCCGCAGGCGCCACUUAUACGGCCAUUGAGGCACCGAAGGGCGAGUUUGGCCUCUAUAUAGUGUCCGACGGCUCGUCCCGACCCUAUCGGUGCAAAAUCAAAGCGCCCGGAUUUGCCCACUUGUCCGCACUCGACUACAUGAGCCGCGGCUUCUGUCUGCAAGACUUAGUGGCUAUUCUCGGCUCUUUGGAUAUAGUGUUUGGCGAAAUCGAUCGAUAA